AUGCCUUCAAUAACAUACUUCUUAGAACGUUCUGAACAGUCGAUUCAGUCGCUACAGAACUUAAAAUUCAACUCGCCAGGUAUUUUUACUAAUGCGAUUGUCAGCAAUCCUGAAAUAACAAAGUUAUUAAAAGACCCAUCCCCAGACGAAAAUUCACUUUACAGAAUUAAAAAAGUCAACGAUAGGGACACUAGACUCGAUGUGAGUCCAGAAAGAAUUGAUGGAAGAACGUCUUAUGUAAAUCGAAGUUUUAACGAGCAAAUGUUACGGAGAAAAAACGAAGAAAAGCGUACAGCAGUAGUAAUUCCUAAAAUAAUUGAAAGGAAUGAUCCUGAACUUGAGUUGAACUCAUCCCCUACAAGAUCACAAUCAAAUUCAAGCAAAGGAAUUCACUUGAUUCCAGAGACAAAAAAUUUGGGAGAGUUGUGCAUUAAAGUUUUGGAGACAAUUGAGAAAUAUCCGAAUUUAAUUAAUAGCUAUGACAAGUUAGUAACAAAGUUGGUUCAAUAUAAAAGUGAAUACGAUUUGCUUGCAAAUGAAAUGGAAGGAUUGGAAAAUGAAAUACAGCAUCAAAGAGAACAGCUAAACUAUCUAAAUAUAAAUUAUAGUGACCUUAAUAGCCCUGUAAAAUCAGGGUCUGAAUUGACACAACAAAGCCAAGAAGACAGCUCUGAAAAAGUUGAUAUUGACGAGUAUCUAAAAAAAGAAGAACAGGAAAUCAAGGAGCUAGAAGACAUGUUAAAUAAGAGACAACGAUUGAGUCUAGAGUAA